AUGACGUCAUCAGUACUGAUUUCAAACUUCACACAGGAGUGGGCUGAGAGUCUGCGGAGGUGGCACCUAGGAUUUUUUUUCAUCCCUACCACAGUCAUCACUCUGGCCACCUUGCUAGCCAACCCUGUUCUCCUGACAUGCAUCUUUCUGUCCCGUGCCUUGCGCCGGGAGACGCGUUACCUGCUGGUGGCCAACACCCUGACAGCAGACAUGCUCUUCCUCAUCCUCAACCUGGCCACAGUGGUCUGUAACACGGUGGGAGCUCAGAUACCCUGGAUCGUCUGUGAGCUGGUCACAGCUGUCACUGUCACCGCCUACUGCUGUGCCAUCCUCACUGUCACACUCAUGGUGAUCGACACCUAUGCUGCUGUCCGCUGGCCUCUCCAUUACCAUGACAUUCUUCCACCUGCCCGCACCCACCGCAUACUGGUGGGGGUGUGGGUGCUGGCAGCUGUGUACCCUUUCACCCUGGUGAUCAUAAUGGAGGUGGAGAGGGGAAAUAUCCUUGAAAAGAUGCCUGCCUGUCUGGUCCUCAUCUCCCUCGGCUUCAUUCAGGUCCAGAACAUUGCGGGGAUCUACAUCUUCUUCUUUGUCACUGCACUCAUCUGCACUAUACUCAUUUUUUACUGCUAUAUUCGGCUCUACAUGGUAACAAGGACCCAGGGCAUCUGGAAGAGUCGCUUCUCCAGGGCCCGAGUCACCCUGCUCGCCCAUGGUGUUCUGCUCCUGCUCUACUUUGCCCCUGGCUUUGUUUUCACCUUGGAGCUUUUCCUGUUCCAGAAGGAUAAUAUAAGUCUAGAUGUUCAUGUGUGGCUCAGCACAGUCAAUAUGUGUGUUUUUAUGUUGAUACCCAGGGCGUUUGCUCCUUACCUCUACGGGCUGAGGUACAGGGAGAUCUCUGAUACACUAGAGCAGCUGCUGCAUCGGCACAGGAGACUCAGCCAGACCACAGCAUCAUAA